AUGAAGUGGACAGUAACGCCAAUUAUUUGUGCAGUAUUGGCCAUAACUGUUUACCAGUAUGGAGCAAGGUUCUUGCAAGAGACGUAUAAGUCUAAGGACGUUAAGUUUGAGAUUGAGUCGGUCUUCUUGGAAUCCUGGACUGAUUACAGGGAGAAUGGGUGGGGCUAUGAUGUGUAUGGGCCAGUUUCGAAAAAGGGUAAAAAUAUGGGACGCUCCGGUGAUCCAUUGGGUUGGAUAAUUGUUGAUUCCAUUGAUACGAUGAUGAUAAUGUACAACAAAAGCUCAGAUGAGGACCACAGAAAACAGUUUGCAGCUGAGAUUCAGCUCGCUGAAGAAUGGGUCGACAACACUUUGAAUUACGACAUUGAUUCCGAAGUUAAUGUGUUCGAGACUACGAUUAGAAUGUUGGGAGGCCUUUUGUCGGCGUACCAUUGUUCAGAGACCUAUAAGGUUGGUAAUUCGACAGUGUACUUAAACAAGGCAAUUGAUCUCGGUGACAGACUAGCAUCUUCUUUCACGCAGUCAGCAACAGGAAUUCCAUACUCUAGCAUAAAUUUGGGAUCUGGUAAAGCCAUAAAGAACCAUGUGGACAAUGGGGCAUCGUCGACUGCUGAAUUCACUACAUUACAGAUGGAGAUGAAAUACUUGAGUUACAUAACAGGGAACUCUUCAUAUUGGACUCUUUCAGAAGCUGUUUACGAGCCAAUCUACAAAAACAAUAACGUUUUAGGUCGUCAUUACCAAGGUUUAGUCCCUAUCUACACUAAUCCAGAUACAGGUAUGUUCCAAGGAUCCACGAUUAGAUUUGGGUCUCGUGGUGACUCGUUCUACGAAUAUCUAUUGAAACAGAACUUGCUAACGGGGGAGUCUUUGUACCGGAAAUUGUAUAAUUUCUCGAUGAAAGGUAUGAAGAGACAUCUUCUAGAUAAAAGUCGAGGCAACCUAGCGCUCACCUACAUUGGUGAAAAAGAGUAUGGGUUAGCAGGGCCAACUUCUUCUAAAUUUGACCAUUUGGUAUGCUUUAUGGGUGGGCUUUUAGCUAUGGGUGCCACCGAUGGUAAACCAUAUACAGAAGCAAUUAGUAGUCCUGAUUGGGACCCAACAAAGCAAUCUGACUGGGACUUGGCGCAGCAAAUUACAAAAUCGUGUUAUGAAAUGUACCGUCAAAUUCCUUCUGGUCUUUCGCCUGAAAUCGUUGUUUUCAAUAGCAACUACCCUGUUUAUGAAGACAACUGGUGGGUCUCAGAAACUAAGGACUAUUUCGUCAAGCCUCUUGACAGGCAUAACAUACAACGUCCUGAAACAGUAGAAUCGUUGAUGUUUUUAUACCACCUUUCUGGUGAAGAAAAGUAUAGACAUUGGGGCUAUGAAAUCUUCAAAAGCUUUGUAAAACACACUAAAGUUGUCGACGAAGAUACGGAAACAUCAGCAUAUACCUCUUUACAUGAUGUCAUUAGUAUCCCAACGAAUAAAGCAGAUAAUAUGGAAAGUUUUUGGUUGGCUGAAACACUAAAGUACCUAUACUUGCUAUUCGAUGAUGAAGUGGAUUUGACCAAAAUCGUAUUCAAUACAGAAGCACAUCCUUUCCCAGUGUUUGAUCAGAAGAGAUUAGAUGAGUUGAAUUUAACCACCGGCUGGAAACCAUAG